UCCUCCAGGCCCGCCCGCGCUGUGGCAGGUGUCAGAGUCCCCUUCCUGAGGCUGAGUGACAUACUUUGCGUAUCAUCCAUCUGUCAGUGGACACCGGGCUGACUUCCUCCCUUUGGCUACUGUGACCAAUGCAGCUGUGAGCGUGGGGUGCACGUACCUGUUUGAGCUGCUGCUGUCACUUCUUUCUGACAUAAACCCCUGAGGGGACCUGCUGGGACAUGUGGUGACUGUUUGACUCUGUGAGGACCUGCCAGCCCGUGAGGGUGCUCUGACAGCAGGCGGCUCCCCUGUGCCCGCUUUGCUCAGGGGCCGAGGCCCGCCCUGCAGCCCCCGGCACUCACCUUGUGCAGAGCCCCUUUCUGUCUGAGAUGAAGGCACAGCCUCCCCACUGGGCAGCUUCAUUCGCAUGGUGGCCAGGAGGAAAGGGACUCGCUGGUGGUCCCCCAGGGACCUACACUGUGGACACAGCUUGCCUGUGUCCACGGUCCAUGCAGCCCCCGUCAGCAUCUCUGUCUGGUCCCAGGACGGCUGUGUUGUGAACAUAUGUCCACCACCUGAGGAGCCCAGCCGAGACCAGCCAGACGACAGGAAGGGCCUCCCGUGGGGCGCCCACUUCCAGUUGCCGCUGAUGCUGCUGGAGCCAGACAGUGAGGGUCACAAGUCAUCGAAGGCCACACCCUCAAAAAAGCCAGGAAAUGAGGAUUUGCUCCUGCGGCCGCCACCCCUCCGCAUCCUGCUGACGCCGCCAGCUCAGAAGGAGCCAAGCUCCCUGGGCCUGAAGGGCCUGGUCUCCAAGCUGGGCUCCCCAGCUGGCCUGCAGUUGGGCAGCCCGAGGCAGGCGGCAGAGGCCCUCAAGGAGAUGGCCGUGAGCACCAAGAGCAUUGCCCUCAUUGCGGCCACCCGGCGCUCCAAGGCACAGGACCGUGAGGCGGGCAGCCACCGCUCUCCCCACCACCCUCCCGAGGGGCGCAGGGGCCCGAGCCCAGUCGACGGAGGGUGGCCCUGCACCAGCUGCAGCAGGGGGAGCUCCGUGGAGAGGAAGGCCAGGACGGGGCGCUCACCCGCCCUCACGCAGAGCCUGCAGCAGGUGGGUGGACGUUGGUCCUGGUGGUCCAGUCCCAGGGGUCCAGCAGAAAGGGGCGUUGCUCGGUUUGGGAACACCUCAGGCGAACGACACUUGCGUGAGAGGCGGGUUGUUCAGCGCUAA